AUGGAUUAUGAAGAUAAUAAAGAUGGAUCGGUUGUGGAAACAGAUGCUAUUGAAGAUUUGGAUAUAGAUACUGAAGUGGUAGCGAAAUAUUUAAAUGAAUUGGAAGUUGGGUGCUUAUAUAAUACAGAAGAUGAUGAUGAGGUUGUUAACAAUCAUGAUGAAAACUUAAUGGAUAAACAGGAACCUUAUAAUCUAUAUCAACUAUUAGAUCAGAUACCAAAUGGAAGAAAAACAAUGAACAGUUUAUUUUAUACUACAUUUAAUGUUGGGAAGGAAUUUAAUAAUAUACAUUUUUCGAAUUUUCAAAUGAGUAAGAAAGUGGAACAGUAUGCUGUUGAGUGGUAUAUUGAAGAAAAGAAUGGUUUACAAUCAGGAACUACAACUUCUUUAGUUGAUAAUGAUACGCCAAUUAAAUUUUCAUGGAGUUCCACUAAUACCAUACCAAAAAAUUCAGUUAUGUAUAAGCAUUUGACUAAGAGCACUCGUGAGCUAACGCAUGAAACAACCAAUCAGAAAUUGAUGAAGAUUGUUGACAGUAAAUUAGAUAAUAUUAAAAAAGAGGUUAUGGGUUGGAAAAUUUAUGAUAAACCAGAUCCAUUAACGAAAAAUAAUGAAUUGGAUGAGAAGUGUGAUGAAACCGAAGAUGUAGAAGCGGAUUAUAGUGUCGAAUAUAAUUCAGAUAUAUCCAAUAGUUAUUCCAUAGACAGAUCAAAGCCCUCAGAAUUUUCAGUCUCGUCAUUUAAAGUUGAUCCUUUACAAGAAUUCGUAGUGACAACUUUACCAAAAGAACGUAAGAAAAAAGUAAAACCUGUCAAAAAGAAGCAAGGAUUAUUUUGGUUAUUCUCUGGGUCAAAGAAAAAAGAUAAAAAUAAAACAGUAACUAAAGGCGAUACAGAUGAUACAACUAAAACUAAUAUUACUAAUCGUGAUGCUAACGAUGAAUCAAUGAAUCAAAGGAGAAUUCUUUCUAAUAAUCUGAAUACUGACUCAACAGUGGCGUUUGUCGGUCAACAUCAAGAACGAUUAAAUUCCAUAGACAAUAAGAUUGUUUAUCAAGCAGAUUCAGAAAAGGAUAUAAUUACUGAAAGUAGUAUUCGUCCGGAUCUUAAUAAAACUGAUCAGGAUGUAGAAAAUAUACAGAACAAAACAGUAAAUAAUGUCGACGUCCUCGAAUUAGAAGAGGUCAAUAAAGCUGUUAGCAAUGGAGGUAAGACCUAUCAGCACCAAGAUCAAGGGCAAGGCACACUGGGGCACGGUGUAACGGUGGAUUCGCAUUCGCAUUCGCAUUCAGAAUCAGACAAUGAUUUUGGUGACUUUGCUGCAGCAGUUAUUCCAAUAACCUUGCCACCAAAAGCUCCUAACAAUGAUUCAAAUUUAUCACCAGGCCACAAUGAUAGUAGUAUCUCUUUAAUGAAUACAUUUGUCCCAUUGCAACCAAAAAAAAAGACAUAG